AUGGACGCCCUCCUCCAGUACAAGGAGCCUUUCAUGGCCUUCCUCGAAUACAUCUUCACCCCUUCGCCCACCGUCUUCAUCACCGGCGCCCUCAUCGUCCUCCUCUUCCCCGUCCUCUUCCACUACGCCCUCGUCAGCUCCUCGCCCUACACCUCGCCCCCGACCGUCCUCCUCGUCGGCAGCCCCGCCGCCGGCAAGACCUCCCUCGUCGCCCUCCUCGAGCGCGACUCCGAGGCCGGCCCCGCCGGCGACCAGCAGCAGCAACAGCAACAGCAACAGCGACCCCAGUCGCCCGUACCCCAAACCCACACCUCCCAAGCCGCCCACUCCACGCUCGCCCGCCUCGCCCCCGACGCCAUCGCCGAGUCCAAGACCAAGGCCGUCGUCUUCCUCGUCGACGCCGCCGCGCUCGCCGAGCACGACGCCCUCUCCGCCGCCGCCUCGUACCUCUACGAUGUCCUCCUCCUCCUCCAGAAGCGCACCGCCGGCAUCAAGACCUCCAAGAUCCCCUCCGCCGUGCCCCUCCUCGUCGCCGUCAACAAGCUCGACCUCUUCACCGCCCUGCCCCCGGCCCUCGUCAAGGCCAGCCUCGAGGCCGAGAUCUCCCGGAUACGCGUCUCCAAGAGCAAGGGCCUGCUCGACUCGGGCGUCGGCACCGACGACAUCGGCUCCGAGGAGACGGACGACUGGCUCGGUUCCUACGGCACCGAAAAGUUUACCUUUGAUCAGAUGAGGGAGUUCAACGUCUACGUCGACGUCGAGGGCGGUAACGUGUUGGGCGACGGCCCUGGCGUGGGCAAGUGGUGGGCCUGGAUCGCGGACAAGGUUUAA